AUGACUUCUGCAUCGCCCCAAGUAAAGCGCCUCAAGAUGACUGGCCCUCUGAUCGGCACGCACAACGGCCACUUCCACGCCGACGAGGCCUUGGCCGUGUAUCUGCUGCGCACCCUGCCCACCUACGAGGGCAGCCCGCUAGUCCGCACCCGUGACCCCGCCCUUCUCGAGACCUGCCAUACUGUCGUCGAUGUCGGCGGUGUCUACGACCACACCAAGAACCUCUACGACCACCACCAGCGCGAGUUCGAUGCCUACUUCCCCGGCAGGACCGCCACGAAGCUUUCGUCAGCCGGCCUGGUGUACAAGCACUUCGGCAAGGACAUCAUUGCUCAGCAGACUGGCUUGAGCAUUGACAGCCAGGACGUUGAGAUUCUGUACCAGAAGCUGUAUGAUGGCCUUAUCGAGGCCUUCGACGCCAAUGAUACCGGCGUUUCGUCCUACGACAGCAAGGCUGUGAAGGCUGCAGGCUUGGAGAAGCGCUUCGAGGACCGUGGCUUCAGCAUUGCGUCCGUCGUCAACCGCUACAACUACCACUUUGAGAAUAACGCGGGCAAAGACAAGGAACAGUUGCAGAAGGAGGAGGAUGAGCGCUUCCUGAAGGCCUCGGCCUUUGUUGGCGAGCAGUUCAUCAUGGAGCUGACGGACAAGCACAGCAACUGGCUUCCCGCGCGCGCUGCGGUCAAGGCUGCUUUCGAGGACCGCAAGCAAUACGAUUCUCAGGGCCGCAUCAUGGUGCUGAAGCAGGGCAUGCCAUGGAUGGACCAUUUGUACACGCUGGAGGACGAGAGUAACACGCCAGCGGAAUCGAAGGUGCUGUACGUCUUGUUCCCUGAGAAUGACGAGCCGGACAGCAAGUGGAGGAUCCGAUCCGUCUCUGCCGAGGGCGGUGGAUUCGACAACAGGAAGGACCUUCCCAACGCGUGGAAGGGGGUCCGUGACGAGCAGUUGGAUGAGGUGUCAGGUAUUCCCGGCUGUGUCUUUGUCCACGCGAGUGGGUUCAUCGGCGGCAACAAGACCUAUGAGGGUGCCUUGAAGAUGGCCCAGAAGGCAUUGGAGCUAUAG